CAACUCGGGCCGCACGGUCUCCGCUCGGUUCUCCAGUCCAGUGGGCAAUGGUGCCAAUGGACCCCUCGAUCUCCUCGUCCUCCUCGCCUCUCCGGCUCCCCGGAACCCCCACCAGCCCGGGCGCGAGCCCGAGGCCCACCCUCGUCGCGGCCGGCCGCCAGCCCGCCGCCGCGCCCAGCACCACCCGCCUCCGCGCCAUCUCGCCGUCCCAGUCCCCGCCCACCCCGGCGUCCCCCGUGGAGCCGUUCGGCUUCGACGCGCUCAAGGGGACCUUCUCCGUGGACGUGGCGGCGGCCGACGCGCGCUCGCUCGACGUCCCGCUCGCCGCGCCCUUCACCAUCGCGUCCUCCCGCCUCGUCGCGGUCUCCAACGUCGCCGUGCGCGUCGAGCUCCGCACCGGCGCUGUCGGGUGGGGGGAGGCGCCCGUGUUGCCCUCCGUCACGGCCGAGGACCAGCCGGCAGCGCUCGACGCCGCGGGACGGGCGUGCGCAGCGCUCGUCGGCGCCCCAGCGGCGCCCCUCGGCGCGGUGCUCCAGGACCUCGCCAGUGUGCUUCCGGGACACGCCUUCGCCUCGGCCAGAGCAGGGGUGGAGAUGGCGCUGAUUGAUGCUGUUGCUAAUAGCAUUGGCAUACCUCUAUGGAGAUUAUUUGGAGGAGCAUCAGAUAGUUUGACAACUGACAUCACAAUUCCAAUUGUGACCCCAAAUGAAGCUGCUCAAUUGGCUGCAAAAUAUCAUGGACAAGGGUUUCAAACUCUGAAGCUCAAGGUUGGGAAGAACUUGAAUUCAGAUAUAGAAGUUCUGAAAGCUAUACGACUUGUCCAUCCAGAUUGCUCAUUUAUUUUGGAUGCAAAUGAGGGAUACACAGCAAAACAAGCAAUUGAAGUUCUUGAUAGACUAAAUGAAAUGGGAGUGACCCCUGUGCUCUUUGAACAACCAGUUCACAGAGAUGAUUGGGACGGUCUCCGAGAUGUUACCUCUGUGGCCAUGGAGAAAUACAAAGUCGCUGUUGCUGCUGAUGAAAGCUGUCGAAGUUUACUUGAUGCUCAAAAAAUAAUAGAUGGAAAUCUUGCCCAUGUUAUUAAUAUCAAGCUGGCAAAGUUGGGGGUUCUUGGGGCCCUUGAAAUAAUUGAUGCUGCAAGAAAAGCCAAUAUUGCUCUGAUGAUCGGUGGCAUGGUUGAGACUAGGAUCGCUAUGGGCUUCGCUGGUCACUUAGCUGCUGGCCUUGGUUGCUUUAGUUUCAUUGACCUGGACACACCUCUUUUACUGUCUGAAGAUCCUGUAUAUGGUGGCUAUGAAGCAGCUUUCGGACCUCUGUACAAGUUUACAAAUGCUCGUGGCCAUGGCGGUUUCCUUCACUUGGACAAUGAAGCCUCGAAAUGAAGAUGAAAUACAAGUGAUAGAAGUGAGCUUCAUCGAAGCAUUGCUGUGCAUUCCGUAAUGCACUGUUCCACUGGACAAUCAUCACAUAACCGGAAUCACACAAGCGAUCGCAAGCAUAUAGCCAUAUAGGACCAUUUAGUCAGCCUGUAGAUAGACAUUCAGAAGGCUGUUGCAAGUCCAGUCAGGCCUGGAGCACUGGACUAUUUGGUCAGCCUGUAGAUAUAGAUAUUCAGAAGGCUGUUCCCGCUGGCUCUGUUGUUUUAUCCAGACAUUCUAUGCAAUAAAUACAUCUGGUUGUAAAUGUCAACACAUGCAGCCCUGAGCCGUCGUAAGCCUUUGUUGUUCUAUAGCUGUUCAGUAUAAUUAAGGCUUUCCUUAAUUACGCUGAAGCGAACGUAUGUAGGAGCAAAUUUAACAAUAGAGCCAACUAUUGGCUGCAAGAUUCUUAUAAUA